GGAAUGGUUUGUUUUGUUUUCUAUAGUAUUUGUGGUUUGAUAUGUUUUUCCUUGAACUGAGGGGUCUAUCAGAAAUAGUUUCUUUACCCACCAAGAUAGAUAAGAUUUGGGUAUACUUUACCUUCCUCAAACCCCAAUUGUGGGUUUACAAUGGGUGUUGUUUUUGUUGUUGUUGCUUUGGUGUAUAAUGGGUGUUAUAAAGUUAACAUUUUUGAGUUUUUUUCAAUGGUUGUUAUGAAAGUUAUUAUUUUGGAUUUGGUUCUUUGAUUUUUAAUGCUUCCUUUGUUCCCUUUUUAUGUGAUGGAGUUUGAGUGUGCACGGAGUUUAAGAAAGAUAAGACUAUUAAAAUUUUAUGCUCCAAAACAAUUCAUAGGCAUUUGUGUGAAUCAGUACUUCAAGUUUUAAUCUUUAGUGGGUCAAUGAAAACCAACCUUGAUUAAAAAAAAAAGUAGUAAUAUUUAGUGGGGCUAUUCAAAAAAAAAAAAAUCGAGUUUGGUGCUUUGGUCUAUAAUGGGUGUUAUAAAGUUAACAUUUUAAGUUUUUCUGCUAAUGGGUGUUAUGAAAUUUUGGAUUUGGUUCUUUGAUUUUUGAUGCUCCCUCCAUUCCCAUUUGGCCAUUUUAUGUGUCGGUGUUUGACUGUGCAUGGAGUUUAAGAACGAAACACUUUUAAAACUUAUGCAAUAUAACAACUCAUAGACAUUUGUAUGCUUAUCAUUUAAAGUUAAAUUGUUUCUAAAUAUAGAAAGUUGUCAUUUUGAUGUCGGUUCUUUUAUAUGGAUUUUGGAAGCAUCACUAGGCGAUUUUGUUACCCUUUUAAAAUCGGAGUUUGGCUGUUGAUAUAUAAUCUGAUAGAUACCCUUCACUUGUUUUCCUUGGUAUUAUGCUGCUUUUCUUUUAGGCAAUAAGCUUCAGUAGUUCUGAAUUUUUCAUCUGAUUCAUAGGCAAGCUUGAAAUUAGUUUAAUGGGUAAUAUUAAGGGGUUAGGAUCAUUCGUUGUCGUGUGUAACACAAGCAAAGGCGGAUCUAUGAUUUGAAUUUUAUGGGUUCCUACAACAACGUCAAGUAAAUAUACAAUAAUAACUAGGUUCACAGUCAAUUAUUUAUAGAUAAUUAGUGGAAUCCUUAAUACAUAUAUAGGGUCUGUGAAAGAAGCUACUGGUUCCUGUGAGCCCGUAUAAUAGUACACAUUGUUUUCACCACUGAAGGCAAGAACGACAUCAUUUCCUGGAGCAAGUAAGAGAAUUAUAUUUUCAGGGCUGAUGGCAGAGGAAAAAUCUCUUAAGGCAUUCAAGUUCGAAAAAAGUAGUUCAAAAUGCAAAGCUUUAGAUCAUCUAUUCUGAAGUAUGUGCGGGUUAGGGUCCCAUUGCAAGUAGUAUUAUCUCAAGCUAAAGGCCAGAGUGCAUUAAAUAUACUCAAUUUGCAAAUACGCACCUGUAGCAAUUCUGGUGCCACCAAUCAGGAUCAGAUAAAGGAACAGGUGCUUAACCUGGUGAAGAAAUUUGACAAGAUUGAUGCAACCAAGGUUACUGAGAGUGCUGAUUUCCAGAAGGACUUGAGCCUAGACAGCUUAGAUAGAGUGGAACUUGUCAUGGCUUUUGAACAAGAAUUCUCGAUUGAAAUACCUGAUGAAGAGGCAGACAAGCUUAAAUGUUGUGCCGAUGUUGCUCAGUAUAUCAUUUCUGGAGCUGAGAAGAAAGCUCGGGAGAGUUCAUAAAGUAACUUAUUAGUUAUCCCGAGGAGAAGAUAUCAUGUCAUCGGAAUAGACAAGGUUUCUUUUGGAACAUUUCUCCUGGAUAGUUUUUUUGUCUGAUAAGUUGUUGAAUCCCAGGAUUACAUCGUCCUCAACUUCUUCUAGCUCGUCUUUUAGUUUUUGUUAAUCUGUGUGAAUGAUUGCUACAUUUACGCACCCCAGAUUUUAGUUAUUGAUUCUGCAGUAAAUACAAUUUAUGCUGUUACUUUAAUAUGUUGAAAUUUUGUGCA